CCGACUUCGUCCAUGAAUUACCGCGCAACGGCACUGGAGUUUCCGCAAUUGGCACGUCACAACUCUCCGUGUCCAUCUCAUCUUCUCGGAGCUCGUCCACAGAUCCCACCGCAUAACCAGCAUGGGUGCAGGCAAUUCCAAGCCCGCCUCGGAUGCGAGCCAACAUGUUUUCUCCGCCGAUUCCCCCGUCCGCUUCUCGCAUGAUCUAGUCGAGUCCCUCCAAAAAAGCCCCCAGUCCGACUCAAUACGCAACCAAGCCCUCGAACUCCACAUCCAAACCCGCCUCGCCUCCGAGCUCGAAAAAGCCCAAGCUGACUCCGCCGCCCACCUUGCCCAGCUCUCCACCCAGCUCUCCUCCGCCUCCGCCUCCGACUCCUCCGACGCGCCGGACGUCGGCCGGGAGGUGGUCGCAAAGGAGAUCGCGUCGCUGCGGACGAAGUUGGCUGGGCGGAAGAAGGUGGAGGAGGUGAAUCCGAGUGUGGAGGCGGCGCAGGCGGCGGUGGUGCGGUGUUUGCGGGAGCAUGAUCGGCGGCCGUUGAAUUGUUGGGAGGAGGUGGAGGCGUUUCGGAGGGAGGUGGGGACGAUGGAGAGGGCGUUUGUGGAGAGGACGGUGGGGUCGUAAGGGAGUAGGUUGGGGAGGUUGUGAUGUUGAGAGGGUUGUCACGACAUGUGUAUAUUGCAAAAUUGGAUGGAGGCAUCCGCGUGAAUCGGAAGCAGCGAAGAUGGCUGCGGUCAUGAAAGCAUUAGUGUAUUCGUAUGGACAUUUCACAUUCAAGCAUCUAGCUCCAACUUCUCUAGUAGUUGGUCCAGCUUCGUCAGCAGGAUCCGGUAGUCCAUCGCCUCCUGGCUGAACUCGUCACCAGCGAUUUUCCCGUCAAGC